AUGCAGUAUCCACCUUGGCCAGAACAAGCAAACUUCAGGAUAUCCUCUACCGAUUCACACAACUACAGCGAUGUGGGCAAUGCGUCUCAUGCGGUGUCCACCCACCGAGCGGAGCAUAUUUUGACUAGCAGGAAGAUGGCAAUUCCUAGGCUAGCAGAAGGCUUGGAAACAUUCUCAACCCCUGGGGAUAAGUCUGGUUGUCGCAACUGCCGUGAGGCUGGCAUCAUCUGCUGCUACACAGAUGGAAUUGGUACACCAAGGCAAUUGGCUAGUUUGGAGGCCAAAAUACGGACUUACGAAGACGCUUUGAAGAACCUGAGCAACAGAUUUGGGCUUACGAAUGAGCAGCUGAUGAACCUGGCAUUGACAGUGGAGGAGUCUUCCAGUCCUGCCCUGUUCCCUGAUGGGCAAACACCCUUCCUCGGAAAUCAAAGACCUCUUUCAACUCCCAACUCCCAGUUGCCACCAUUCGUUGACUCCAGCCACUACGUUGAUUGUAUCAGUGAAGACUUCAAUAAGGACGAAGUUUCCCAGGCUACGGGCUACAUUGGCCAAAGCUCCGAAAUUGCGUGGAUACAUUCAUUAGGCCGAAAUGUCAACGAUGGGACUGGAUGUGGGACUCCUAAAGAAUCUAUAUCGCUGCAAAACUCUGAUGAUAGUCUUAUAUCCGCUUCGAAUUACCAUGUUGAUGAUCAAGAGCUACCAAGUAUCGAGCGACAAGAGCCUUAUGCACUGCCGUCGAAGGAUAUAGCUUCAAAGCUCUAUAACUGCUAUUUGGACCGGGUGCAUCCUUCUUUUCCAAUCAUUGGAACCACGCCAUUCGGAGCACAGUUCCGUGCAUUCUUCAACAAUGCCAAUUUACGCCCAGGAAACAAGUGGCUCGCAGUCUUGAACGUAGUCUUUGCAAUCGCUGCUAGAGCAACGGUCUUGAGUAUGGAUAACGGGGGUUUUCACCAUCCUGACCUACAGCAACUACAAGUGGAAGGGCUAACAGCUUUGUACAUGCUUUCUCUGGGGCAUAUCAACCGUGCUUGGAGAAUUUGUGGGGGUGCUGUUCGUGGAGCCCUUGGUCUUGGAUUGCAUCUGCGCAACAUGAGCAAGUCGGCUUCGGAUACUUCCAGGGAGAUCCGAUAUCGCGUAUGGUGGUCCCUUUACAUGCUUGAUCACCGACUUAGCAUGGUCACAGGACGGCCGUCUUUCAUAGAUGAUACUAUAUAUACAAUACCCCUGCCUGUUCCAGUUGACGAAGAGAAUUUCGAAAGGGAUGAAGUGAUAAACUGCCUCCGUCUGUCACACGGGACUGAAGGCAACGGUUUAAGUUUUGAUCUGAAGGCCAAACACUCGAUAGCUACCCCAAAGGCUACAGGCGCAACUGCCAGUCCUCCUUGUGGAUCAUUGCACUUCCUCCAUGUCAUUCUGCUCACGCUGAUAUCAAAGAAAAUGACAACCAAGCUCUACAGUCCCGGAGCAGCGCGCACAUCUUGGAUAGGGAUAGAGUUUGCUAUACAAGGUCUCACCUCUGACAUCGAAUCUUGGCUUUUGAGUCUUCCUAAAGAUUAUGAUUUUACAUCAACACAGUCCUCACAGGUCACUCAUUCAAUAUCUACCCACCGGAUGAGCCUGGCAUUUUUAUUCUAUAGCACCAAAAUUGGCAUAACACGGCCAUGUCUUCGCCGUCCUAAUACUGCGGAGCAAGAAGGCAAGGUUUCAGAUGAGAAAAUGCAGGAUUUCUGUCACAGAACAGCAGCUGAGUGCGUGGAAUCGGCUUGCCAUAUGUUGAGGCUAUUUCCCGAAGGACUAGAUGCUGCUGCACUGUACAGAAUGUCACCGUGGUGGUGUAUACUGCAUUUCCUUGUUCAAGCAACCACAGUCCUUUUAAUAGAGCUGUCUUUUGGUGUUUGUCACGUUCCAGAGAAGGCUUCGAUGGUUUCUAAGGCGACUGAAAGAGCCCUUCAAUGGCUUGCUAUACUAGCAAAGACCAACGCAGCCUCAGAGAAAGCUCGCUUACUAUGCCAAUGCCUUCUACGCCGUAUCGAACAAUAUGCAGGAGUGAAUUUACCUAUUCACCCUAUCCCAAGUGAUGUCGGCAUUUCUGUUUUGCCUGGACCUAGACCGACCGGACUUUCGUCUACUCCAGACCCGCGCCCCAGUGAAUUUGGAAGCAGUCCUUCACCGUUUUUCGGUUCGUCGAAUUCUCUGGAAGCCCAUGUAAAGUGCCAACCUUCUCCAGAAAGUCCUGGUCUGAUGCAAACGGACAAGGAUACCAACGCUCAGGAUACUUACGAUGAGGGCCUUCCUUAUGAUCCAAGCACAGGGCAGAUUAUAGGGUCUUUCUUCCCACCUAAUCUAAGUCUCGGCUUGGAAAUAAGUGAUUAUUUCUUGGAGGAAGUGUGA